AUGCAGCCGAUUCAAUUGAGCCCCGUUGGUAUGAGAUCCCUGCGCCCAUAUGCCCUACUAGCCCUCAGCACCAGAAGCCCGCGUACUGCACUGAAAGCACGGCACAACUUACCACCUUAUUCUACGCACUAUGGGCUGACUCGGCUCUUUGCUACAAGCGUACGUUUUCACACCCAAGACCCUUCUUCCUUGAAGUCUGAGACCUCGCCAAGCCUGCCGGCUUCGUCACAAUCGCAACCAAAAAAGUUUAGCCUGCGUCCCUACAUGGACCUUAUGCGCAUGGGUAGACCUAUUGGUACUUACCUGCUCUAUGCGCCAUGUGCCUGGUCGAUUACCAUGGCAGCACAAUAUACGAAUGCACACCCUAAUGUCUGGCUCACGAACCUGGCUCUCUUUGCCGUAGGAGCCUUCGUCAUGCGCAGCGCAGGGUGUGUCAUCAACGACAUGUGGGACGCCAAAAUCGACGCCAAGGUGGAACGGACCAAGUCGCGGCCGAUUGCCUCUGGCGCCGUGUCGUACGGACAGGCGACCACCCUACUUGGAUUGCAACUCUCUACAGCAUUGGCCAUUCUUCUUCAGCUGAACACGUAUAGCAUUGUCCUAGGCGUCAUUGCACUUGUCCCGGUCAUCAUCUAUCCAACUAUGAAGCGCUACACGAACAUGCCUCAAAUCGGCAUGGGUAUUUCGUUUACUACGGGUUCUUUGAUUGGAUGGUCAGCUGUCGCAGGAUCAUGCUACUGGCCAGCUGUCCUCCCUCUCUAUGCCAGCACCAUUAUAUGGGGCAUUCACUAUGACCUCAUCUACGCACACCAGGACAAGGUGGACGACAAGGCAACGGGUGUUGGGUCGAUGGCACUGCUAUUUGGUGACGAACACACGAAAAAGGCGCUGACAGCCUUCUCUAUUGUCUGGAUGGCACUACUCGCCUAUGCCGUACAAGCACAGUCGCCUAUAUUUCCCUCGUUUUUCGCCGAAAAUGGCGACACUCUCUCAUUCCAGGACUGGUUUCAGCACACUCUUAACACAGGCCACCCGUUCUUCGCUGUUUCAUGGCUCGCCACUGCGGCCCAUGUCAUCUGGCAGAUUCGUACGCUGAACAUGAACAAUCCUGCUGACUGCUGGGCCAAGUUCUCAAGCAACCGGAUUGUUGGUCUUAUCAUCUUCUUGGGUCUGGCUGCUGACUAUCUGUAUCAACGCAUGGAUGGGAACGGCCAGGCCGAAAGUGCACCAAUCAAGGCGACGUAG